GCGCAGGACGUCGACAGCGCCUGAGUUUGAAUAUGUUCCGGAAAUGACCAACCUGGCAGCGUUCUGCUGAGGAAACCGUAGUACAAUGCAGGUAGCUAGUGUACGCUAGAAACCUGACGGUAUUUAGGUAGUUUUAAUCGAUUAUGAAAACAUAAGUAAGGGAUUAGAGUGCUUUUAUAGCGCCUAGCUAGUUUUAACCGAAAACUACCUGUUGUUGACAGGAUGGUACGAAUUGCUAAAAUAUGGUUUAGCUAACGCUUGCUAACGCGAGACUGACGCUGGAGCACAAACUAUGCGCUUCGUAAUGUAAUGGUAUCGACGAAGUUAACUUCUUUUUCUUUAUGAUGCUUUAGGGGAUUUUAGUUACCCGGUUACUGCGUGACUCUUGAGCUGUUCUGAUCAAAUUCACGCGACGACGUCACAUGUCUCAAACAUUGGAGAAAGUGAUUAAAUUAGAAAGGCUAGCUAGGUAGCUAGCAAGCUCAAGUGGAUUUAUUCAUUAUUUUACCGCUUCUAAGUGAAUAGAAACGCAAGGAGCUUGAAAAGUUAUUUUUGGGGGUGGUGUAAAACAGAUUUUUAAAGAUGAAAGUCCUGGAGAAAAAUGUGAUGCGUUUAGUGGCGGUGCAGGAGCUCCGAACAGCUUACGGGAUAAAGACAAAGAACUGGAACAAAAACAAAGCCGUCGCUACGAAGUCCACCACCAGCAAAACAGCAAAGGUGUUUGGCGUCUCCUUGGACAGCCUACCCUACUAUAAUAUGGAAUGUGGAAGCGUGCCAGGCUUUCUGGUGGAUUCAUGCAUGAAGCUGCAAGCGCAUGUUGACACAGAGGGCCUGUUCAGAAAAUCCGGCUCUGUAGUUCGCCUAAAAGCUCUCAGGAGUAAAUUGGAGGUUGGAGAGGAGUGUCUGUCCACUGCUCUUCCUUGUGAUGUGGCUGGGUUAGUGAAGCAGUUCUUCAGGGAACUUCCGGAGCCCGUGCUUCCUACGGAGCUGCAGGACGCCUUCCUAAAGGCCCAACAACUCCCGACGGUCCAGGACAGAACCGCUGCCACCAUGCUGCUGACCUGUGUGCUGCCAGACAAAAACAUUUGUGUCUUACGUUACUUUUUUGACUUUCUUCGGAAUGUUUCAUUAAGGAGUGCAGAAAACAAAAUGGAUAGCAGUAACUUAUCAGUGAUUUUGGCUCCCAACCUCCUUCACUUCGGCGAUGGAGCAGAUAAGAUGAACGCCAACACAGAAAAACGCCUCAGACUGCAGGCUGCUAUAGUCCAGUGCUUCAUAGAGAAUGCAGACAACUUUGGUGUAUUACCCGACUUUCUUCAAGAGAAAGUUCCAGCCAUGAUGGGCUGUGAAGCCGGAGUUUUGACUCCCGACUCGGAAGAGCCGGACUUCAGUUUAGGGAUGAAGAGGAAACAACGACGCAGCUUUGGAGAUGUGGUCAGUGGUGCUCUGAAUAAAAUAAAAACAAAUAGAACUCCCACCAAAGUCGGUCAAGCAGACAGUCUUGUCUUUUCCUCUACAACUCCUGUGAUUGCGACCCCGUCAAGCAAACGCAAGCCUCCUUUGGAGUCCGCUCACUCUUUGGGAUUUUCAAACAAGAAACGUAGAUCCGUCAAAAAGAACCUCGGCUUAGAUCUACUUUCUAACACUUUGUUCAGCGGAAACAGCACUCCAGCUUCAGCUUACAGCUCCUCAGGAGUCUUGGAUUCUUCUUCUAGCAGCGUGUUGUCAGCAGGGAGGACUAGAAGACAAACGGCGGCCUCUGGAAGCAGGAAGAGUGCACGGCGAAGCAACAGGAACGUCAUCAACAGGGUUGAAUCUGGAAGAUCCGGCUGCUUUUCUCCUAAAGUUAGCAAAAAAGAAGCUCCGCGCAAGUCGAUGCGUUUACGUUUCAGUCUGGGGAAGAGCAGCAAAGACACUGGGUCCAAGUCCAUCGGUCUGAGACUCGCCAAGCAGGACAGCAGCACCAGUUUCCAUUUCACUGAGCCCGCCGUUUUCAGUCCCUCAGUGUAUCCCAGAAAAGCCGAAUCCCAAAGUUCAAAGUUCAUCAGUAAGUCUGAGGACAACCUGCUGACGCCAACGUGUGACCCCAGAGUCAAGCGGACCUCGUGGAGCAGGGAUACUCCUGUCGGGGCGAAGGCGUUCGGCGAAGACUCGUUCACAGACACGCCGAUGCGCGCGUGUCUUCAGAGCAACUACGUGUCCGAGCCCGCCAUCACCGUGUCCAGGCCUCCCGCGGGGAAUAACCUCAACAUGGCGCUGUGCUGUGCCGCCAGCGCCAGGAGCCUCGACAGCGGAAGCAGCACAGAAACCCUGAGGCAGAGCGAGAAAACCGUCGAACCGGAGUCGGACAGCGUUCCCAACGCUCCACCUGAGAGCUUCCAGAAGCAGAGAUCUCCGGCUGAAGAGCAGAGCUUCACUUUAAGUCACCUGGAGGUCGCUGCUCUCACUCCACUGCAUAUCGACAGUGUGGACUUUGGGUCCAGCCUCCAUUAUAGUCCAGAACCGGAGAAGGAGCAGAACUGCAGCCGGCUCAUCGACGCUCUGGACAUCCAGAGUCCGGCCUCUUUCAAACACCGCGUCUCCUCCGGACUGCAGUCCACUCCGUAUAAACCAGCGGCUGAAACCAAAGCUGAGCGGUUCACACCGACCACACCGGGUUUAGCCGAGAGCUCAGAACCAGUCCAAAACCGACCGGCCGCGUCCCCUCAGAAGCAGCCGAGCAGAAAGCCCCGAGUGGCCGACCACAUUCAACACUUCAACAAGCUCACCCUGUACUCUCCUCCAGGCUCCAAGCAAAUCCGGUCACCUCUCAAGUUCCAGCGCACUCCGGUCCGGCAGGCGGUGUGCAGGAUCAACUCUCUUCUGGGAGACGACAGGAGGCCCAGAAAUAUCGCCGAGUUCAGCCAGAGCGCUCGCGUGGCGAAGACUGUGAGUCUGGAGAGCGGGCUGUCCCCUCAGCCUCCGCACAGACGACCACAAACACGACUGUUCACCAACAAGAAUCCACCUCCCGUUCCGCCAAAAAAGAUGGACAGAAUUCCUAAGUCCUGCGCUCUGGGGGACGUGACCAACAAGGCUCAGCCAAAGACGAAGGUGGAGCACGCCGCCGCCAAUCCAUGUGAAGCACAGAAGCUGCUGUCCCAGCAGGCGGCAGAGACUCACCACUACAGAGGAUCUCCCAGAAACCCUCUGUACCAGGGCAGCCUGCUGUCUGCAAUGAAGCCCAUCGAUUUAUAAACGCCUUUCUUCUGUUUUUGUCCUUUUUUCUGUGUUGCUAUGCAGAUCCGUCUGGUAAGACCUCACAAAAUAAACGUCGUGACUCAUUCAGAUCUUCAGGGUCCUAAUUUAUUUUUGUAGCUACAGCCGUCAUUGUUGGGAGAGAUUCAGUAAAUUUCAUAUCACGUUAGAAAGCUUUAUACUUUUGUCUUGGAAUAUAUUAUGAAGUGUAGUUGGCAGGUGUAUUUAUUGUUUUAACAUUCUUGUUUUUAACUGAAAAAAAAAACAUUUCAGACAUUUAACUUCUUUUUUUCAAACAGAAUCUAUUUAGACUGUUUUUAGACAAGAAAAGCACCUUCUGAUGUACGUUGUGAAAAAUUUACCAAACAGUGUUGAAGUGAAGAUUUCCCUCUGGUGUUUGAACAUUCAUUUUACAAAACCUUCAAAUAUAAACGUUUGCUUUGAACUGCUUCACUGAAAUAAAAA